AUGGCCACAGGGAGUUGCGUUUGUGGCAAGGCCACCUACACUCUGAAGGGUCAGCCACUUGCACGGAGUGCUCAGGCUAUCUGCCACUGCCACGACUGCCGCCGUCUCACGGGUUCUGCAUUCACAUACAGCCUGCAAGUCCGCAAGGAGGACUUCGCUCUCUUUGACAACAGCGGCAGCACCGACAGCGCAACUCCAUUGCUGAGAGAGACAAAGUUCACCCACAUCUCCGGCGUGACGAUGAAGUUCUCAGCCUGCGGCGACUGCGGGACGAGGCUGUACAAGCAGGUCGAGUCACCAGAGCACGAGCCGUUCCUACUAGUGCAAGCGGGCACUAUCAUCGACCGAGGAGGGGAUAAGGAUGGGCAGGGUGUACAGGUGAAGCCUGAUAUGGAGCUAUGGACGAAGCAUCGCGCGUCCUGGAUCCCAGCGAUCGACGGGGUUGUGCAGAAGCAGGAAUUCUGA